AUGCCGGACGAGCCCCCCCGCGCCGCGCCGCCGCCGCUGCGCGCCGCCCGCUGCAAGCCGCUGCCCGAGGGCAGGGCCGUGGGCCGGAGGACUCCGCUGUGGCUGCGGGCCCGCUUUCAGGCGCUGCUCUUCGCCCUGGGUUGCCGGAUCCAGCGGCACUGCGGGAAGGUGCUCUUCGUGGGGUUGCUGGUGUUCGGGGCGCUGGCCGUGGGACUGCGGGUGGCUUCCAUCGAGACCGACAUCGAGCACCUCUGGGUGGAAGCGGGCAGCCGGGUGAGCCAGGAGCUGCGCUACACCAAGGAGAAGUUGGGCGAGGAGUCUGUCUACACCUCCCAGAUGUUGAUCCAGACCCCGAAGAAGGAUGGUGAUAACAUCCUGACACAGGAGGCCCUGCAGCUCCACCUCGAGGCGGCCUUGGCCGCCAGCAAGGUUCAAGUCUCACUGUACGGAAAAUCGUGGGAUUUGAACAAGAUCUGCUACAAGUCGGGUGUCCCCAUCAUUGAGAAUGGCAUGAUUGAGAGGAUGAUAGAGAAGCUGUUCCCCUGUGUGAUCCUGACACCGCUGGACUGCUUCUGGGAAGGCUCCAAGCUGCAGGGAGGCUCAGCCUAUCUCCCGGGCCGCCCGGACAUCCAGUGGAGCAACCUGGACCCUCUGCAGCUGAUGGAGGAGCUGGGGCAGUUCACAUCCCUGGAAGGCUUCAAAGAGCUGCUAGACAAGGCAGAGGUGGGACAGGCUUACAUGGAGCGGCCCUGCCUGGACCCCCAGGACCCCCAGUGUCCCUCCAGUGCCCCCAACAAGCAGAGCCAACAGAGCCCCGACAUCCCGGCCGAACUCUCGGGGGGCUGCCACGGCUUCUCCAGGAAGUUCAUGCGCUGGCAGCAGGAGCUGAUUUUAGGCGGCACGACCAAAGACUCCCAGGGCAAGCUGCUACGCUGGUCCCAGCGAGGUGCGUGCCUGUCCCCCAGCGCUGAGGCCCUGCAGACCAUGUUCCUUCUCAUGAGCCCCCGGCAGCUCUAUGAGCACUUCAAGGAUGACUACGAGAUCCAUGAUAUCAGCUGGAGCGAGGAGAAGGCAGGAGCCAUCCUGGAGGCCUGGCAGAGGAAGUUCGUGGAGCUGGCACAGGACUCCAUCCCUCCCAACGCCACACAGAGCGUCCAUGCUUUCUCCACCACCACGCUUAACGACAUCAUGAAGUCCUUCUCUGACGUCAGCGUCAUCCGGGUGGCUGGGGGCUACCUCCUCAUGCUGGCCUACGCCUGUGUCACCAUGCUGCGGUGGGACUGCUCCAAGUCCCAAGGGGCUGUGGGCCUGGCUGGGGUCCUGCUUGUGGCUCUCUCCGUCGCCUCUGGCCUGGGGCUUUGCUCACUGCUGGGCAUCUCCUUCAAUGCAGCCACCACCCAGGUCCUGCCUUUCCUGGCCCUCGGCAUUGGGGUGGAUGACAUGUUCCUUUUGGCUCACGCCUUCACCGAGACGAGCCAGCACAUCCCCUUCAAGGAGCGGACGGGUGAGUGUCUGAAGCGCACGGGGACCAGUGUGGCUCUCACCUCUGUCAGCAACAUGAUUGCCUUCUUCAUGGCAGCCCUGGUGCCCAUCCCUGCCCUGCGUGCCUUCUCCCUCCAGGCUGCAGUGGUUGUUGUGUUCAAUUUCGCCAUGGUGCUCUUUGUUUUCCCUGCUAUCCUGAGCCUGGACCUGCACCGCCGGGAGAAACGCCGGCUCGACAUCCUCUGCUGCUUCUACAGCCCUUGCUCCUCAAGGGUCAUCCAGAUCCAGCCCCAAGAGCUUGCUGACGCCAACGACAACCAUGCCUGCCACCCAUCUCCUUAUGGGCACCCUGGCAUGGCCACCAGCACCCAGAUCACCACCACUGUGCAAGCCUUCACCCGGUGUGACCCCUCAGGCCACCACAUUGUCACCGUCCUGCCACCCACCUCCCAGGUGUGCACCUCACCUGCCAUCCUCCUGCCCCACAGUGACCCCUUGGGCUCUCAGGUCUUCGCCCCAUCCAGCUCCACCCGGGAUCUGCUGUCCCAGCUGGAUGAGGCCAAGGGUGGCCGGGAGUGUGUCCCCCUGCCCUUCUGCCGCUGGAGCCUUGCUGAUUUCGCCCGGGAGAAGUACGCCCCUCUCCUUCUGCGCACCCGGACCAAGGUGGUGGUGGUGGUGCUGUUCCUGGCACUGCUAGGGCUGAGCCUCUAUGGCACCACCAUGGUACAUGAUGGCCUAUACCUGACGGACAUCGUGCCACGGGACACCAAGGCACACGCCUUCAUCUCAGCCCAGUUCAAGUACUUCUCCUUCUACAACAUGUUCAUUGUCACUAAGGGUGGCUUCCACUACCCGGGUGCCCAGGCUGCCCUGCUGAGCCUGCACCAGGCCUUCAGCACCGUCAAGUACGUGGUACGGGAGGGCAACCGCGACCUGCCUAAAAUGUGGCUCCAUUACUUCCAGGACUGGCUGAGAGGGCUCCAGGCCACCUUUGACAGGGACUGGCAGGCUGGGCGCAUCACCCAUGACAGCUACCGCAAUGGCUCCGAGGAUGGGGCACUGGCAUACAAGCUCCUCAUCCAGACUGGCAACAAGAAGGAGCCCUUCAACUUCAACCAGCUGACCACGCGGCGACUGGUGGAUGAGAAUGGCAUCAUCCCCCCUGACACCUUCUACAUCUGCCUGACGGUGUGGGCCAGCAACGACCCCCUGGGCUUUGCCGCCUCCCAGGCCAACUUCUACCCCCCACCCCCCGAGUGGAUUCAUGACAAGUACGACACCACGGGCGAGAACCUGCGAAUCCCAGCAGCCCAGCCGCUGGAGUUCGCCCAGUUCCCCUUCUACCUGAGCGGGCUGCGUCGCACGUCCGACUUUGUGGAGGCGAUUGAGAGCGUACGGGCCAUCUGCCAGGAGGCCGCCCAGCGCCACGGCGUGCUGAGCUACCCCAGCGGCUACCCCUUCCUCUUCUGGGAGCAGUACAUCGGCCUGCGGCACUGGUUCCUGCUGGCCAUCAGCAUCCUGCUGGCCUGCACCUUCCUUGUCUGCGCCUUGCUGCUGCUCAACCCCUGGACCGCCGGCAUCAUCGUCUCUAUCCUGGCCAUGAUUGCUGUGGAAUUGUUUGGCAUCAUGGGGCUGAUGGGCAUCAAGCUGAGUGCCAUCCCUGUGGUCAUCCUCAUUGCCUCAGUGGGCAUCGGUGUGGAGUUUACUGUCCACGUGGCCCUGGGCUUCCUGACAGCUGCGGGGAGCAGGAACGUGCGCUCAGCCGCAGCACUGGAGCACACUUUUGCGCCAGUGAUGGAUGGUGCUGUCUCCACCCUCCUGGGUGUCCUCAUGCUGGCUGGCUCUGAGUUUGAUUUCAUCAUGAGAUAUUUCUUUGCGGUGCUGACCAUCCUGACGUUGCUGGGGCUGCUCAACGGGCUGGUGCUUCUGCCCGUGCUGCUCUCUGUCAUCGGGCCACCCCCUGAGGCAUCCCUGGUGGAUAAUGGCCCCUGCCUACCCCCACCAGAGUCGAUACCCCCAUGUCUGGGCCCUGGGGGACUGUACGUCCGGCGCGCUCCAGCCUGGCCCGCCACCUUCCCUGAGCCCUCCGACACAGAGCACUACACGGAGAGCGUGGGGCCAGGCAGCCCACGGGGACCCUUCGUUGUGCCCCCUGCCCCAGCACACAUCCUACUGGAGGCUGGCAAGGACCCCAGCUUCCCCCGCAUCACUGUGCUGAAGCCCUACAAGGACAGCCUGGAAGUUCAGGGGAAGAAAGACGUUUCUGACCCUCAGCCUGCAGCCCCCCUGCCCUUCAGGGAGCCGUGCACCACACUGCCCCGAGAUUCCCCGCAGCCGUGCCCACCGGGCACCCGGCCAGCCCCCCCUGCAGCCCUGCCCACCUACAGCACCCACCUGCAGGGUCCUGCCGGCAGCUACACCACCGUCACGGCCACCGCAUCAGUGACAGUGGCCCUGCACCCCACACUGCCUGGCUCCUACCCCACCUUCAGCCCUGAGGGCUUCACCAGCAGUGAGCGGGACUGCCUGGACGAGCCCAGCACCAGCAGCACCACUGUGCCCGACACCUUUGAGAUGCAGAACAUGGGACACCACAGGGCGGGUGCCUGGCGCUAGAUUGCUGGUUCCUGGGCAGAGCAUCUCCCGAGCACCCAGUGGGCACAGGAGGGUGCAGAGCAGGGUCACCUGUGUCGUGCUGCUAAUCGCCGGAGCGGUCUUGGCCGAGGAGGACCAGCCCCCCUGCACUCUGCACUGGGGCUUGGUAGGGCAGGCUGGCACUUCUAUGCAAGCUGUGUGCAGGCCAUGCCAUGCCCGCAUGUCCCUCACCCGAGGCUGUACCGUUGGUGCCGUGUCCCAUCACCCAGGGCUGGGGGUUAUCCUGCCCUGGACUUUUUGCCCCCCAGAAAUGGAAGCACUAACUCCCCCCUCUGUUUCUGGAGCUGCUGGCAAGGUGGACUCGGUGCCAUGCCAGCUCCCCCUCUGUGGGGUCACUGCCUGCUCCCCAUCACCUCCUCCUGGGACCACCCAUCCCAGGCCAUGAGCUGGGGUACCCCAACAGGGUGCCCUGAUGCCCCCUGUUUUGAUAAGGGGGCAGCCCCAGAGCCAGCUAUGCCCUGGCAUGCCAUGGGCAAGGCCUAGGGUGGGCACCCCCACCUUUAUUUAUUGCAAAGGGAAACUAUCUAUAGAGAGAUAUAUAUUUUUAAGCUUAUUUUAAAAGAUUUAUUUCUCAGCCUACAGCCUCACCCGGCUGCCCAGGGUGCAGGCAGGGAGCGGGCAGACCCUUUGCCCAGUGCAGGGCUGCCCACUGGAGGCAGCAGGAGCCUGGGGGCACAGACCUGGUUCAUGCCCCAACUCCAUGGGCAGCUCACCCCUUCCAACAUGCUAGUUUGUGCCUCACUUUCCCCAGUGGCAAGGAUGGAAAGGCUGGAGAUCAUGGAUGUGCCACAGUGGAGAAAGGGAGUCUGCGGCUCCCCAGCACACAGGCAUGGUUUUGGAAGGGGGAGAUCCUUGGAGUGGUCCUUGCUGUGCCAAGCCCCUGAGCUGUCCCACGAUCACAGCCCCCUGUGUCACACUUGUGCUCUGUCCAGGGGAUGGCACAGGCUUGAGCAUGCACAGGACGCUGCACGCUGACAUGGGCUCCCAUGGUGCCACCAGGCACAUCUUGCUGGGAAACGGUAUUACUUACCAUGUCCCCGUGCAACGGGGCUGUCCCUGCAGCCAGCCCCUGUCCCCGUCCCCAUCCCAGGCACCCUCCGCACCGUUACCCAGCACUUUAACUCCAGCGGUGUUUGCUGUGCCUGUGGCCCCAGGCCCCCCGACACUGCCGCUGAGCAGGGGUGGCCUUGGGGACCCUGUCCCCGUGCCAGGCGUGGGCACGGCGGGCAGCCCCCCCCAAAACACGUCAUCUAAGUUAUUUAUAUCAAAGAGAGCAAAGGUUUAUUUUUGUAGUUUGUACAGGCGGUAGUGGGGACUGAAGGUUUAUUUUUAAAGAGUAAAUAUAUAUAUUAUAUAUAAAUUA